AUGGCGGGUUGGGGGAGGGCGGCGAGGCUGGCGGCGCUGAGGCGGCUGGGCCCGGGAGGCCCGCGCCUCCGCACCCUCGGGGCACAAGCGGGACGGGACGGGGACGGGCCGGAGCCCACGGCCAAGGUCUCCAGAACGCCAAAGAUCUACACAAAGACAGGAGAUAAAGGGUUUUCCAGCACCUUCACUGGGGAGAGAAGACCCAAAAACGACCACGUGUUUGAAGCGGUGGGAACCACCGACGAAUUAAGUUCAGCCAUCGGGUUUGCGGCGGAAUUAAUCCGGGAAAAUGGCCACGCGUUUGUGGACGAACUAGAGAAAAUCCAGGGCUUCCUCCAGGAUGUGGGAUCCAGCCUCGCCACUCCAAACUCCUCGGCCAGGGAGGCCCACUUGAAACAGACGAGGUUGAGCGAGAAGCCCGUGUUGACCCUGGAGCGGUGGAUCGACUGCUACAGCGACCAGCUGCCCCCACUCACCGCCUUCAUCCUGCCGUCGGGCGGGAAGAGCAGCAGCGCCCUCCAUAUCUGCAGAGCCGUGUGCCGCCGGGCCGAGAGACGCGUGGUUCCUCUGGUUCAAGCCGGAGAAGCUGACGCCAACGUGGCCAAAUUCUUGAACAGGCUGAGCGACUAUCUCUUCGCCUUGGCCCGCUACGUGGCAAUGAAGGAAGGAAACGAAGAGAAGAUGUACAAGAAGGAAGCGGACCCGGAAGGCUGAGGCCCUCGGCCAGGCCAGAGGCGACGAGGCCCAACUCUGGGUCGUUUCCUCCCGGGGCCACGGGGCGCGGAGAGGCGUGAGGCCGAGCGGGGUGGUGGGCG